AUGGCUGAGCAUAUCUUGACAAAGUCAUCGUCAGUUGACGGAACCACUACGGAGAAAAAGUUCAGUCCUAUCAAUGAUUUGCACGACACAGAUACUCUCCAAGUUUUGGUUGCCGAAGAUCUGGACGCUAAGCAAACAUGGAGGUCUUUCUUCUGGGAUACCUUCGACAAGCCGCCUGAAGAGCGACGCUUUCUGUUCAAGCUUGACGCGAUUGUGUUGACUUUAGCUUGUCUUGGGAGCUUUAUCAAAUAUCUUGAUCAAGUCAACGUCUCCAAUGCCUUCGUGUCCGGGAUGGAAGAGGACCUAGGCCUAUAUGGAGAUCAGCUGAACUAUAUGGUCACAUGUUGGACGGUGGGAUAUACAGUUGGCCAAAUCCCAAGCAAUUUAAUCUUAUCUCAGAUUCGACCGUCUAUCUGGAUUCCAGCUUGCGAAGUUGUCUGGGCUGUCCUCACCAUACUGAUGGUAAUAUGCAAGAACGUCAACGGCCUGUAUGCUUUGCGCUUCUUCAUUGGCCUGGCCGAUUCAGCUUUCAAUCCGGGAAUAUUUUACCUUCUUGGCUCCUGGUAUCGAAAGGACGAACUUGCCAAACGCGCGGCUCUUUUCACGGCAAGCAGCUUUGCCGGCGCGAUGUUCUCAGGCUACCUUAUGGCAGCCUCUUACAAUUUGGAUGGUAAGAACGGGCUUCACGGAUGGCAAUGGUUAUUCAUUGUCGACGGGAUUAUCUCACUACCUAUUGGUGUUGCUGGAUUUUUUCUUCUUCCCGAUCUUCCCGACACGACAGGGGCCUGGUGGCUGAGCAAGCAGGACGUCUCAACAGCAAAAGAGCGAGUGAGAUUAGAAAAUCGGGCUCCAAGGGGGGCUCACAGUUUGGCGAAAUUCAAAAGCAUAUUCCAAAGCUGGCAUAUAUACGCGCUGACCCUGCUCUAUGUGUUGUUUAAUAACAAUGGAAACUAUGGCGGACAACCAGGCUUCCAGCUGUGGCUCGAGUCUAUUGGGUACCCAACCAAAAAGGUCGAUACGUUACCAACAGCUGCUCUUGCAAUCGCGUUUGUGUUUGCCCUGAUAUUCGGCUGGACCUCCGACUCUUUAUGGCGUGGCACUCGGUGGCCACCGAUUCUCUUUGCCAGUACUGCAAAUAUCAUUAUCAACGCUAGUCUCGCGGCCUGGGAUAUAAACAUAGGCUGGAAAUGGACUUGCUUUUUCCUUGGUGGACUUCCAAAUGGGCUUGGAGCCCUGAUUAUGGCAUGGGCGACUGAGAUAUGUGGCGGCGACAAUGAGGAGCGCGCCGUUGUCAUUGCCACUAUGAAUACGAUGGGAGAGGCUGUAUCAGCGUGGCUUCCAUUGAUCAUCUGGAAAACGGUUGAUGCGCCUCGGUAUCACAAGGGCUUCAUGACAAUGAUUUUUAUAGCCCUGGCGUUAAUUGCUAUGACACUUGUUACGCGUUUCUUGCACCAGAGGGAGAAAAUGAAGAAGGAGAGGAAUGAAUCUUCUGAUCUUGAUUGA